CCUUGCCCAUGAAAAAUGAUACUAUAGGCGCGAGGCAAGCAUUUUCACUUGAAGACAUAACUUCCGAAGCCUUUGUUAGUAAAAAAUUCAAUGGCACGUGGAUUUCGGACACCGAAAUUUUUUACAGAAAUGAAGAUCAAUUACUUAAGUUCAACGUGAUCACUCGGACAAAAGAAGUUAUUGCCACGAAUAGUGUUUUUAAUAUCGCCAAGCUUAUAUCUUACCCUUCUCCCGACGGUAACUUUGUCCUUUUACGCAAUGUCACAGAAAAGAUUUAUCGCCACUCCUCUUUGAGUGUAUAUAGUGUUUUUGACGUAAGAAUCAAUUCAACGGUUCCAUUGGCCAAGGGUCAACUUCUUUUCACGGCUUUCUGGGCACCGAAAGGAAAUUCUCUAGUCUACGUACUGAAAAAUGAUAUUUAUUACUAUCGGAUAUCAUUUACAAAUGGUACCGAUGAUAAAAGUACCUCGUCAACGAGUAGAAUAACCACGAGUGGCACACCAAAGACCAUUUACAAUGGAGUUCCCGACUGGGUCUAUGAAGAGGAAGUUUACAGUAGCGAUAAAGCAAUGUGGUUCUCGCCAAAUGGCGAUUACCUUGUAUUCGUAACUUUCAAUGAUACUCAAGUUCCCGAGGCGGUGAUUUUGAAGUAUGGUCGACCCGGUACUCUCGAAGAUCAAUAUCCGUCGGAAUAUAAAUUCAGAUAUCCAAAGGCAGGAGCAUCGAAUCCUAAAGUUACACUAAGUCUUGUUGAUUUAAUGAAUCCCAAGAAUCCCCUCAUUUAUUUAAAAGCUCCAAUUGACGUUGUCGGAAGAGAGCAUAUAAUUCAAAUAGCCGGAUGGCUCGAUUCCGAAACGGUAGUGGCAACCUGGACAAACCGAGUACAGAAUGUUUCGCAAAUCGUCACUUACUCUUUGAAAGGUGAAUCACAGUAUCUAUUGAAACAACAUUCACCAGGCGGUUGGCUACUCAAUCAACAACAAAUUCCAAUUUUGCACGAUGGAUACGUAAUUCUCAUCAAACCACAACCUAUCGAAAACGCGUCGCUUGGUUUGUUCGCCCACGUAACACGUUACACAUUAGUCAACGGCGUUCUAGAAGAUGAAACCGAUCUGAGUCCCGGUGGCUACUGGGUACAUAACAUUAACGCCAUAACAAGUAACAAGCGCAUUUCGUUUACUGCCAGUCCACCGGGUGAGCCUGGGCAGCGACGAACGUACGAGGUUGAUCUUUACGGUCACAGGGACUCUUUGAUUCCACCCAAAUGUGAUUCUUGUGGAUAUCAAUCUCCUGAAGGAAACGAAUGUCAAUUUGUAAGCUCGGUGAGUUUUUCACCAAAUCAUUUGCGUUACGUACUGACAUGUGCCGGUCCAGACCCAGCUACAAUCGAAGUAUACGAAGCCAAGCACAAAAUGUUUAGCUGGUUGAGGAACGAUGAAAUCAGACGACGCUUCGCUGAGCGGACCAAGUCUCGAGUGAUAAAUUUAUAUGUUGAGUCGCAUGGAUUAAAUUCGAAGGUAAGAAUGACGCUACCUGAGGAUUUCAAUGAAAACAAGAAGUAUCCUAUGCUGGUGACCGUUUACGGUGGGCCAAACAGUCAAAUGAUCACCGAUCAAUUUUCUGUUGGAUUCGGCAACUACAUGACGAGCAAUAAACAAGUUAUUCAAACGUCUAUAGAAGGCCGAGGUAGUGCUUCGCGGGGUACUGCUAUGUUGUAUGCGGUUUAUCGUAACUUGGGUAGUCCCGAAGUUGAUGAUCAAAUUACUGUUACGAAGAAAUUGCAAGAAAAGUUUUCGUGGAUUGACAGUAACCGAACUGGCAUCUGGGGUUGGAGUUACGGAGGAUAUGCAACUGCCAGAGCUCUUACGAGGGACGAGCAUAAUGUGUUUAAAUGUGGGAUAUCAGUUGCACCUGUCACUAACUGGAUUUAUUACGAUUCUAUCUAUACAGAGCGUUACAUGGGUCUACCAACAGUAGACGAUAACCUUGUCGGAUACAACUCGAGCAGCGUGAUGAGCCACUUGGAAAAUUUCCGGGGUAAAAAAUACAUGCUGGUACAUGGAACUGGCGAUGAUAACGUGCAUUUCCAGCAAUCGAUGGCACUGCAUAGAGCUCUUGCCGAAAUUGAUAUUCUUUACGAUCAACUUUCUUAUCCUGACGAGGACCAUUCCUUAAGACACGUGUCCAAGCACCUUUAUCAUACGAUGGAUCAGUUCUGGACCGAGUGUUUUAGCUAUGAAUAAAAUACAUGUUUUACAGUUGGAUUUGAUAAUCAA